UGAAACGAGGGGGACGAACCAGAGAUUGAACUUGUGUCGAAUUGCUUUCAAUGGUGUGAUUUAUAUGUAGGGUUUCGAAUUUCAAUUACUAAAUCCUAAUCGUAUUAUGAUUCAGACUGCGUCACAACUGUAUACUGUAUAUGAUAUGAAUCAUAUGAUAGGUUAAAUCAUGGAGAGAUUGAGAUUACGGACGUCACAAGGAUUAGGAAUCCUUAUUAUAUUCUUACAAACUUUCUUUCAAUCAUCUUCGGGUACAAAUACUGACAAGCAACAGAGUUUUCUGCAAAAUCCUGACACCAUGACGGUCAUGAAGAGAUGCCACUACGACGUGCUGGGUCUUCAACGCGACUGUUUAGAGGAGCAAAUCCGAUCGGCAUACCGGAAGCUCGCCAAAGAGCGCCACCCUGACAAGAGGUUCCAGUCCGGACUGAGCGUGGAGAAAGCCACGGCCAAGUUCCAAGAACUCGUUAAUGCCUACAACGUCCACUCCGACCCGUUAUCCCGUGUCCAGUACGACCGACAGGUCCACCACCGCCGUAUCAUCUUUUCCAAUGCGAGACCCAAACCAACACCAAAGCGCGAACCGACCCGGAAACCCAACACUAAACAACCAGCCAAAUUUCCAAUCCCCAACUUCUCAUUCAUGUCCAACACUGAUUUCUCGGGUUACGGCGCCACUGGGAACGGGUUCUACAAGGUGUAUUCGGAUAUAUUUAACAAGAUACACGAAAUCGAGGUGGAAUUUGUGAAAUUUUCCGGGGCGAGUUUGAGAUCGGUUCCGGAGGCUCCGAAUAUGGGGAAUUCGGAUACUCCAUAUAAGGCAGUUAAGGGGUUUUAUGAAUACUGGCUAGGGUUUAGUACGGUCAUGGAUUUCGGGCACAAUGACAAGGAGAUGAUCAAGAGGCUGAAGGCGAGGCAGGAACACAAUCGGCGCGUGAGGAGUUUGGCAGCGAUUGCAAUGGAGAAAGACAAGAGAAUGAUUGAGGUGGUAGAGAAGAACGAGAAGGAGAAGGAGAAGUCGAGGCAAUGGAUGGAAUGGAUCGUGAAGAACAAAGUGGAGACGGAGGAUGUGCGGCAGUGGAGAGAAAAGAUGCAGGAGCAGAUGAUGCAGAGACGAAGGAGGUUUGAGGCACGGCCAAUUUGAUUCUUGAGGAGGUAUAGUUCCACAAUGUUAUUCUAACUGUGAACUAGAUUUCAUUGAAAUUUGUGCAUUUUUUUGUUGUUGAAGUCAAUUUGAUUUGGUUUUUUUUUUCCUUGUUAAUCGAGAACACUUAUCAUGUGGAUAUCGGAUAUGAGUCUAAAUCGGACGGACU